UAUCCUUGUUUAUUUUAUCGCGCGGUUUGACAAAUUUAUAUCGGUUUUUGCGACAGCUUCGGAAAAAAAGUGAGGCAAGCGGAUAGAUUAGCUUUUGAGAACAAGAUUAAUUUUAUAAGUAACACGAAAAUUUCAAGUAAUCAGGUGUUUUUUUUUACUAAAAACCUGCCAAAAUGUCUAAGGCCCAUCCCCCAGAGUUGAAAAAAUACAUGGACAAACGAUUGUCCUUGAAGCUGAACGGUGGCCGGGUGGUUUCCGGUAUUUUACGAGGAUUCGAUCCUUUCAUGAAUGUCGUGCUUGAUGAAUCGAUCGAGGAAUGCAAGGAUAGCACUCGCAACAACAUUGGGAUGGUGGUUAUCCGUGGAAACAGUAUCAUCAUGGUGGAGGCACUAGACAGGAUAUAAUGCUGCAUCGGCUCUAAACGAGUCUACGCAAACAUCUCCAUAGCAUUAAGAACUUGUGUGAAUUGGUGAAAUAAAACAAUGAUCCAUUUGUAUAAUUUAAUGUA